AUGGGACCAAUUCAGGCGAUAGUUCGUCAUUGGAACCAGAUGAAAAAUUAUGUGGACAUAAAUAUACUAACAUGAUUAUAGUCGUCGUCAUCAGCUCAAGCCCCAGGGGGAUUAAGAAGCGCAGCCAAAAGAAGAAUUGCAGCAGAUAAAAAGGCACAAUCCAACAAUGCUAUGCCAUUAUCAACUAGAUCAGCCGGAGCCGGAGGAUCAUCUGCCACCAUGAUGAAAUUGUUCACCGACGAAGCUCAGGGUUUAAGAGUUGACCCAUUGGUUGUGUUAUUUUUGGCCGUUGGGUUCAUUUUCUCUGUGAUUAUCUUACAUGUUUUUGCUAAGAUUACUGGUAAAUUUUCGUCUUAG